UUUCCAUUUCUUGUAGCAUUUGGUCUCGUACACGAGAGAGGUAAUUGAUUCCCGCGCUUUUCCACGCGAGGCCUUUAAUAUUCUCCCAGGUGCGUCAGUGUUUUAGUUACUUUUCAGUACGUUAGUAAUACGCCAUUUUUAACUAUUAGUGAAUUGAUUGUGCAGAGCUAAACAUGUCAAUGGGAGAAUAUCAUUUGAUGUGUAAUUAUAGAAAGUGUCGAACAAAGCUGUCAGGUUAUGCGUGGGUCACUGCUUGCUCCCACAUAUUUUGUGACAAGCACGGAACAGGUGAAUUCAGUCAUUUUCCGUGCGCUUGUCCUGCAUGUAAUAACACUUUGUCUGGAAAACUGGAUAUUGCCCGCACCAAGCUAAAGCCAUCGGAAGAGUAUAAGGCGAUAGUGUUAGCAGGUUUGCCGCCCGAAACUGUGCUGGACAUAAGUUCCAGGGCCCUGGCCUUCUGGACAUAUCAGAUUGUUCAAGAAAGGCUGUACCAAGAAUAUGCUUAUAACAAGGCUGAGGGUCGCCUGAAGGAGAUGGAGAAGCUAUACACCCAGAUUCAGGAAAAGGACAUGGAGCUGACUGCAAUGAAGAGUGAAGCUACUUCUCUGAAGAAGAUUCUAGAAGAUUACAAAAAGAAGUACAGUGAGAUCUCUGAAAAGCUGAUGGACAGAAACAGACAAUGCCAGAAAUUACAGGGCCUUUUUGACCACCUUCGACUUCGUGCCGUUGCUGUUGGUGAAACAGACACCAUGUUAGAAUCCUCAGUAAUUCAUCAACCAUCUGGGUCUGGGCUGCGUCUUGGAAAGUUUCCAUGUACACCCAAGUUUCCAAGUACUGACCAGACUGCAUUGAGGAGCAGAUCUGCAGAAGAUUUUCAUCUCAAGCCUUCCUUAUUUGGAUCCCCUAUAGGUGAAUCUGGAAAGUGUUUCUUUAGUUUUACAUCUCCUUCUUGUUAGUGGAUCAACACCAUAUGGCCAACAGAGUCUCCAAAGUAAAGGAAAAUACAGCAGAUGAAUAAGAAUGUUAGGAAGGUUCAUGUUUAACAUUUAUGUUUUACCAAAAAAAAUAUUUCAUAAUGUUGGUAAUUAAGAGUUGAGAUACACAUGUAUGCCCAAUUAAACUGGAUGUAUUUCCCCAAAGUAAAACUCUUAAAGGUUUGACUGCAAACUAAAAUGUUAACACUGAAAGUACGUAUUUUUAUCAAAUUUCUUUUUAUUAACUAUUUGUUCACAAACUAUGCAGAAAAAGAUAACAAGACAUAUACGUGUGGUACAGCUGACGUUACAGAUUGCAUACCAUAAGCAUGUAAUAAUAGUUAUUGAUGUUACAGCGUGCAUACCAUAAGCAUGUAAUAAUAGUUAUUGACGUUACAGAGUGCAUACCAUAAGCAUGUAAUAAUAGUUAUUGACGUUACAGAGUGCAUACCAUAAGCAUGUAAUAAUAGUUAUUGCCCACUUUACUCAUUAACAUUAAAAUUAGGUAGAAUUACCAUUUGUGUUACUACAAGGAUAUAAGUUAGUCCAAGGGCUUUUAUCAUAUAGCAGUUCUCUUGUACAUUAUUUUACAACUGCAAGCAAUAUUAGAGGUAUAACAUCAACCUAUAUAAUGAUAACACUCUACUCUACUAAACCUUAUAUACAUAUAUUCAAAUAUGUCACCUUAAUUAUUGUGGUUACCAAUCUUAAAGUGAUGUGUUUACUAUCCUUGUAUAAUUAGUAUUUAACAUACUGUUUAUGACAAAAUAUCAAUUAAUGCUUUGUAGUACCUUUGAUAGUAGGUUUGGUUCUUCUGACUUUUUGUAUAAAGCUUCUUGGCCAAUAUAUGUUUUUUCGCCAUGCUUUUGUAUUCUGGCCAGGUUAGUCUUGAUUUGUCUAUCCAGUUUUUUGCUAUGUAAGCUUUUAAUAGGGUGCAUAGUGUUAUUAUAAUGUGUUUAGAGAAAUUAUUAUUAUUGCAUUUGAAUAUGAAUAUAUGCAGUUUAGCUGUUUCCAAUGACAACGUGAAUUUUGAAUGCCCUGAUUUCUCUAAAAGGAAUCUAAGUGAGCACCAUAGUUUAUAAACUGUUUUGCAGCUCCAAAAGAUGUGGAGUGAAAGUACAUAUUUUUAAGCUGUUUGAAAUAGUUGUUGGUAACCUUUGACUCCCACAGACUACCAGUUUUUUUUUGUUCUAGGUGUUUUAGUACAUCUUUGUCUAAUGUUUGUUAAAUCGUGCUACACACUGUUUGCAUCAUAUGGAACUUUGAGCCAUGUGAAAUUUUUCUGAAUAGCAAAAAGCAUCUUACUGCAAAUGUGACAUUUUUAAUAAACUAAGCUGUGUUCAUAAGA